AUGCCUCCAAAACUUAAGUUUGGAGAAGGUGAACGGAUUCUUUGCUAUCAUGGUCCUCUCAUUUAUGAAGCAAAAUGCAUGAAAGGCCAGUUAAAGGACAAAGUUACCAAAUAUCUUAUUCAUUACAACGGCUGGAACAAGAACUGGGACGAAUGGGUUCCAGAAAACCGGGUAUUGAAAUUCAACGAGGCAAAUCUACAAAAACAGAGAGAACUAAGGGAGCAAAACUUGUAUGUAUUUCCAAAGUUUUCUAAAGAAAGUACUAUAUUAACUCUUGUUGUUGAUGGGUGGAUAGAUCAGAAACUGAAAAAAGAAAUAAGUAGUUCCGAUAAUUAUUUUGAUCAACCGGCGAAGCCACGUGCGUUUCGUGCCCUUUGCAAUCCAUGAAGCCAACAUUUACGACAGUUAAAAUUUGUUUGCAGUUUACAUGUUAACACGAUAUUCUUUUGGUGAAAAGUGAAAUUCAUUGGCAAAAUGUGUUUGUUGAGCUACAAGUAUUUAAUCUUGGGGUGCCUUGUUUUGUGGACUUAGUUUAUUUUCAAUUAUUGGUAAGCUUAAGCUUAUAUCAAUGCAACAAGCUACAUUUAGAGGCUAAUGUUGGUUUUUAGGUGUAAGGGAAUGUAUGUUUGAUAGAUACACCUGUAUAGUAGCGGGUAUUUGAAAUGAAUUUUCUGGUAUUACAGUAAAAGGUAGAGUCGGUGUGAGCUUACACUUUGUUCUAAACAGACUCUGCUUGUUAGUGGUGAUGAUCCCAGCUCCAAACGUCAUUAUGUAUUCUUAGUGGUUAGAAACUGAAAAUAUCACUUUAGUUCGUGUAUAUUGAUUUUUCAAGACAACUGAAACUUUUCUAAAUCCUUCAACUUUUGCUGGUUGUCUAUUAUAUCAGAAAAGCAACAUUUGUAUUGUAGAGUGAUUUUCCAUUUUAUCAGGAACUGCAACAUUGCUGUCUAUUGCAUAACCUCUCUGUAUUGUGUGCCCUAAUUCAAACAAAGCACCCAGCCAGUUUUGAAUGAGAUGGUGCAUCCAGUUACUAAAUUCCUUUCACGAAACCUUGGAAUGUUAUUUCUGCUUAAAAUUUAGUAGUUAAUUGUGCAUUUAAAAACAUUGGCAUUUGCCUACUGAUUCAGUGAAGCUCUUGGAUCAGUGAUCUUUCAUUACGAUAACUUAGUUAUCAGUAUAUCAAGUUGUUGCAUCAUUUGAGGCAGAAAAAUGUUAGUGACUGUUUCUAAACUCAUAUCAAAUAAGAUUGCCAGACAGUGAAAUUUAAGUAAAUACCUUAUUUCAUUUUCUGGAUUGAAAGACAUUAAAGAAAAACGAAACUGGUUUGAUAGUACAAGUGAAUGAAUAGUUGAUCACACAUCAUCAUCUCAUCCAAAUAUACCAUAGUUGGAAAUGCUCAAAAGCGACUCAAGGAUUGAAAGUAAAUCUCUAUAAUGUUAUUAAAGAAGUCUCAAAAAGUUGAAAUAAAAUAAGAAAAGGAUAAAUGCAAAUACUUGGGAAAAAGACUUUAUUGUUUUUUUUUAUUCUAUUUCCUGUAUUUGGAACAAAACUGAUCCAGUGCAAGAUUAAGAAAUUCUGAAAAGCAUUCAGUCUAUCAAGCAUUUGGGAAUGCUGAUCUCCAAUAAGUUAUUUUGCUCCCUAAAAAAUAAAAAUUACUGAUCUUACAUGUAUUUUACUCCAAAUCCUUUUGCUCAGCUGAUUAGAAGUUGAGGACGCAGUUUCUAUUUCUGCAAAUUUUGUCAUGGAUAAUGUGAUAAGUAUGGAAACCUGCACAGGUGUACAGUGCGCUUUCAAUAGUGUUCCACAGAUGUGUUCCACAUAUGUUCCAGUGAUAGACAUCACAAAUUAGUAGUCAAAAUGUGUUUAAAUCAUAAACAAAUUAGGCUGGUUUUAGAAGUUGAACUUCUCACAUGCCAUCCACUUUGUUACUCUUUUGCAUUAGAUUGGGCAGAUGAAAAGGAUAGAAAGGAGCUAACAAGAUGUAAAUUCUGAAUGGUUAGGGUACAGAAAAGCCGACGUAUGUGUAGUUUUUGUCCCAAAUUGAAACAUAUUUUCAGGAAUUAUUUUCUUCGCGACAAGCAGAAGCGUGCACAGCUUUCAUCAGGAAAAGCUUUCUUAUAUGACCGCAGUUUAUCUCCUAACUGAAUAUCAACUCACCAAAUGUUUCUUCGAAUGAAGACUCGAAGUCUCGGUUGUUUGAAAGGGUCUGAGAAGGAAUGAUGUUAACUGCUGACCUGAAAUUUGUUCAAGGAAGUUGUCGAAAGUUACAUCACAAGUUGAUGUUGUGUUGUGAGGCACUGAAAGAAGCUAACAUGAUAGUUGUGGUAACAACAUGUGCCUUAAUCCAGCCAAAUGUAAAGCCAUGACGAUUGACUUUCUUGAUUAUAAUAGUUGCACUUGGCACCCCAUCUCUACAGGCAGAGUUGUUAUCAAGCACAUCAAAUCCUUUAAACUUCUCAGAGUUCAUAUUUCUGAGGAUUUGACUUGGAGUGAUCACUGUGACUACAUAAUCAAAAAAGCCAAUCAUCGCCUCUAUGCACUUAGAACUCUAAAGAAGUGAAGCGUGCCGACAUCGGACCUAAUCACAGUACAUUGCUCCCUUAUACGAUCAGUAAUUGAAUACGCCUCGGCUGUAUUCAGACCUAAUCAUCUGUCUGAUUGCUGGAGGGAAUUCAAAGGCGCGCCUUUAUAUGAUUCUUCCGUUUAAUUGAAUUGAUACUAAGUGACCUGUAUUCAUGAAUCUGCCAAAGUUUAUCUGAUUUAAAACCAAUCAACCCUGGUAAUUCAAAAGCUGCUGGAACUAUAAUAACAAAAUGUGUAAGACAAAAAAGAUUGUCAGAAUUUGUAUCUGUGAAAUAUUUAGAUUUUUGGUCGUAAGUUAAAUGUUAAUUAUGUGUGAUUUGUGUACGAUCUUGUUAUCCAGCUCAUAGCUGCAAGGGGUUCUGAAUAAACAACUCUACUCUACUCUACCUAGCCGGAUCACUUACAUGUUUACUCUAUUUACUUGUUUAAGGCAAGAAUUACAACAAAAGAGAAGUUAUAAAGUGUUAAAGAUCUUAAAUUGUCGUGAAAAAAAAAAAACCAAUAUAGCUCCUGGUUGCUAGGUGUGUUUGGGUUUGCAUUCGUAGGGUUAAGCAGCAAGCAUGUAUGUAGACAGUAGUUCUAUUAAAUAUUUCCAGUGUUGAAGAAGACUUGUGAAACAAUUAUAGAGUAAGCUGAUUAAAUUAUUUUGAUUUCACUUUCUUGAAACAGAAAGAGCAAGAAGUCAAGAAAGAAAACUGACAAGAUUGUGCAAGGAGAUAGUGACAAGGCUAAUUUGAAACGGGCUGCUGAACAGGUUGUUGAAGUGAGUGGGCCUUCAAGGAAGAAGAGAUCUAGACUUGCUAACACUAUAGAAAGCGAUGAAAACUACAUAUCGCGUGUUGAGGUUAAGAUUACAAUCCCUGAUGAUCUCAAGCAAUGGCUCAUAGACGACUGGGAUCUUAUAACUCGACAAAAACAGCUUGUUCCAAUUCCAAGAAAAAAGAACAUAAAGGAAAUUCUCGAUGAGUAUGUAAAAUCUCGAACUGCUAACCCUGACAAUGGCUUGAAACCUGGAGUUGUGCAAGAAGUUGCUGGUGGUAUACAAGAGUAUUUUAAUGUUAUGCUGGGGACACAGUUACUUUAUAAAUUUGAAAGGACACAGUAUGGGGAUGUUCUUGCUGAACAUUCGAACCUUCCAAUGUCACAUAUAUAUGGAGCGGAACAUUUACUCAGACUUUUUGUUAAACUUGGCAAUGCUCUCUCCUUCUCCAGUUUGGAUGAGAAAAGUGUAGAGUUUGUGGUGACGCAUAUUCAAGACUUUUUAGAUUAUAUGUCAAAGCAUGCAGAUAGCCUGUUUUCAACUGAUUAUGAAACUGCAACACCAGAGUAUCAUAGAAGAGCAGCAACAUGA